UUUUCACUUUGCAAUAUUAGGGGCAAGUUUAAGUUGAAAAUUUUGAUGUUCUGUGCUUGUUUCUUGAACUUUGACUUUGCAUUAUUGUAUAAUUUGGUUUAUCAGUGAUGAAAUUUGUGUUAGGUUGCAUGUGUACUCUGCCUCUUGGUUAUAGCAGCGAUAUGAGAAUGAAAGUAAGUGAAGUUUAUAUGAAGAAGGAACCUGAUGGCAGCAUCCAUCCAAUCGGUGUUUCCAAAUUUUCAGAUCACAAAUCUGGACGACAGUCUAAUGAUCUGGACUCAUGUAAGCAUUCAGUAUGCUCUAAUGAAGCCCCGCCAAAAAUUUCUCAAGUUGAAAAGAAGAAACAUGGUGUACCAAAUUUAGAUUGUGAGUCUGGAUUGUUGAUGGAGAAAGUGAAAAGUAAAAGCCAAAAUACGAAGGGUGAUGGUAACAAGUCAGAAAUUCGUGUGAAAAAUGCAACAAAAUCUACUCUUGGAACUAUUAAGACGAAGCACACUGUUCCACAGCCAUUUGCUCUAGCAACUGAAAGACGUGCUCAAUGUGUAACUCGUCCCACUGUGGACGAAACAGAUACUUUAACUCCUGGAAGAAGAUCAUAUCACUUUACAAGCAAUUUGAAUACUCGAUGUUCCUUGAAGCAGACUGAGCAAGUCUCACCCUCGCUCUUAAGGAAGCCGUUGCAACCUUAUUAUAAGAAGCAAUCUGACGAGGAUGACUCUUGUUUUGUUCCGUCUUUUACAACGGCAUCACCAAGGGCUAUCACGCCUAGGAUAACAAUUGCAUCAGCCCCAGCAUUCAAGAGCAUUACGCGUGCAGAGAGACGAAAGGAGUUUUAUACAAAAUUGGAGGAGAAGCACCAUGCAUUAGAGGUUGAGAGAACUCAGUAUGAAGAAAGGACUAAGGAAGAGAAAGAGGCAGCUGUCAAGCAGCUAAGAAAGAGUUUGGUGUUCAAGGCAAACCCAAUGCCUAGUUUCUAUCAUGAUGGUCCGCCGCCAAAACAUGAAUUGAAAAAGCCACCACCAACUCGUGCAAAAUCACCAAAUUUGAGCAGAAGGAAGAGCUGCAGUGAUGCAUCUCCUGCAAAUAAAGAGAAAAGGGAUCGAAGGAGAGAAACUCAAUACAGUCUUGUUGACUAAUGUUCUUGUACAAUCAGUCCACAGACAUGAAGAAUUUAUGAAUGGUAAUGGUACUUGGAAAUUAUUUCCACGUCCACAAGAUGACUAGACAGCGGAAUAUCUAUGGUUCUGUGUAGUUUUGAUUUGUUUUAUUUGAGUUUCUUGUGACUUAUCUAUUAAUUUAUUUGUGUGUUUGAGGUGGGGGUUUGAUGUUUCUCUUAAUUUUUUGUGGCUGCUUAUGAAAAAUAAUUUUAUUUCAGAGCAUACACGGAUUUGUUUUUACUGGUUUGUACACUCUCAAGUGUAAAUGUUCUGUAACCUAUUUCUGAUUAACAAGUUUGGCUGUAUAUUGAAAGAAUAAUAAUGUUCUCUGAGGUA